AUGCUGAUUCAAUUUGCAAGAGUACCGCCACCAAAACGGAACCGUCCUUUUGUCAAGUGUCUUGUGGACUGGUACCCGUGGAACGGUAGAGUGCAGCGCAUUGAGCUGCUAAUCCGAUCGGAUCGGCAAGCUCUAGCACCUCUGCCACCCCACCACCCACUGAGAUCCCCCUGGGGAAUUGCAUCGCCCAAUCCCAUCACCCAAUCCCACCACCCACCCAGUGCCCUCCACCCCCCCCAUGUGCAUCGCCCCCCCCUCCAUCCAUCACGUCCACAAUUUCUUGUCCAUCGUCGUCGAAGCACCUCCCAAGGGCCAGGCCGGGUGAUGGGUCUUUCCUCUCGCAGCAAUCCUUUCCUGCCCCAUCAUGAGACGACGGCCGCUCCGGCUGCCGACCAGACAAGCUCGCGAGCUUCGAGCCCCGGUCGAUCCGACGGUGCCGCUCACGGCCCUCGUCCCCCGAAAGGCGAUCCCAUGGCCUUGCACGCUCUCGAGGUCAUCGACCGCAAGGUCCGAUGCUUGACCGUCGCUUUCGCCUCCUGGCUCCGCUCUCCUCAGGGUCGCGGGGUCCUGAAAUGCACCAUUGCCUACACGCUGGCGAGUCUUGCCACCUUUGUCGGCCCUCUGUCCAACCUCCUCGGCAAGCCCGACGGCAAGCAUGUCGUGGCGACCAUCACCGUCUACUUCCACGCCUCGCGGUCCGCGGGCUCCAUGAUCGAAGCCGUCUUCAUCGCCAUCGUCGCCGUCGCCUACGCCGAGGCGGUCUCGAUACUCUCCAUGGCCACCUCGGUCCUCGUCGGCUCCGGCAUGGGCCUUGUCACCCUUGCCCACGUGCUCGUCGUCGUCGUCUUCAUCGGCGGCGCCUUCGGCUUCAUGGGCUGGGUCAAGCAGCGAAUGGGCAACCCGCUGGUCAAUGUCGGCAGCACGCUGGCGUCGCUUGCCAUCAUCAGCGUCGUGACCAAGGAGAACGCCGUCGUGUCCAACGUCUUUUCGAACCAAAAGAUUGCCCAGGUCUUCAAGAUGCUCGUCAUGGGAAUCACCUGCGCCGCCGCCGUCAACUUGCUCCUGUGGCGGGUGUCGGCCCGCUCGCUUCUGCGGCGAUCCAUGUCGAGCGCCUCGGCCGAGCUCGGCCGGAUGCUGUCGGCCAUCACGAGCAGCUUCCUCGACGGCACCGAGGACAAGGAAGACCUCGUCGCGUUCACGGCCGCCUCGGAUGCCUACUCCAAGGCGUACCCGCAGACGAUGACGAACUUGCGAGAGGCCAAGUUUGAGAAUUACCUGCUCGGCCGCGAGAAGCUGUACGUGCUCGAGAGGGCGGCCGCCAUGGCCAUCGGCACCGUCGCCCAAUCGGUCGGUGGCCUGCGGAGCGCGGCGAACGGCCACCUCGAACUCCUUCGAUCGACGCGGGCUCGAUCGGCCGCGAGCCUGCGCUCGUCCGUGUCCACGACGGCCCCGCUCCUCGGCAGCCGUGCGUCGAGCCUCGUCCCCUUCACGCCCGACAGCGACGUCUUUUCCGUGCCGUCGAAAGCCAAAGGCAAAGCCCCCCUGCAUGCGCCGUCGGACACGUUCGAUGUCUUCGUCGCCAUGACGAGGCCUCACAUGGAGGCGCUCGCGAGCAUCCUCUCCCAGAUGCUCGGCCAGCCGCCCUUCGGCGACGGACCCACGUACGAGGUGCGCGUCAACGAGAGCUUUCGGCCGCAGCUGGCGGACGCGCUGUCCAUGUUCAACGCGGCACGCGCCGAGGCCCUCGAGGAGCUGUAUCAGCUCAUCGAGUCGAGCCGAUUCCGGUCCGACAAGACGCAGGCCGAGUUUGAGGAGAUUGCCGCCGCCUGCGGACACUUUAGCUUCAGCUUGCAGAGCCUCGGCGAGGAGAUGCAAAAGUACCUGGACAUCCUGGACGACCUGAAGCACCGCAGCCUCCACCGGCAGCGGAGCUGGCGCUGGCUUCUGUGGUGGAGGAAGGGUGUCCCGGGCGUCACGUCGACGCUGCCGUACGAGACGGCCGAGACGGAGGGGCUGAUCAGGCCGAUCAAGAAAUCCGGCGUUCCCAAGGGCAUACCCGACUCCAUGGUCGAGCUGCGAGACACCUUUAGCUGGAGGGCCGCGCCGAACGCGAGCCGCAUGCUCGCCUUUGUUUCCCAGCGCGCGCUGAAGCUUCUGAGAAAGCUCGCAAGGGACGACAUCCGUUUCGGCCUCAAAGUCGGCGUCGGUGCCUCCCUCUGGGCAUCUGUCGCCUUUUUCGAAAAGACGCGCGACUGGUACAUGCACUACCGCGGCGAAUGGGGCCUCCUGUCCUUCAUGAUCGUCUGCUCCAUGACGGUCGGCGCCUCGAACACGACGGGAUGGGCGCGCUUCGUCGGAACCUUUCUGGGCGCCUUCUUCUCCUAUGCCAACUGGAACCUGAGCCGAGGCAACGCCGUGGCCCUCGCCGUCCUCGGCUUCCUCGUGAGCUUCUUCAACUUUUACCUCAUCGUCGCCCGGGGCAAGGCGCCGCUGGGUCGCAUGACGCUGCUCGCCUACAACGUCUCGACGCUCUACGCCUACAGCCUGAGCCAAAAGGUCGACGACGACGACGACGACGAGGGCGGCCGCAUGCCCGACAUGACGUCCAUCAUCAAGCACAGGGUCCUCUCCGUCCUCGCCGGCAUCCUGUGGGGCCUCGUCGUCUGCCGCGUCAUCUGGCCCAUCUCGGCGCGCAAAAAGUUCAAGGAGGGCAUUUCGAUGCUGUACCUUCAGAUGGGUCUCAUCUGGAGGCGAGGCCCGCUGGCCAUCCUCCUGCGCAGCGACUGCAGCCAGAGCUACCUCCGGUCCGGCGAGCAGGCGGCGAUGCAGCGGUACGCCGACCGGCUCGAGGCGCUGCGGCACGCGGCGGCGUCCGAGUUUGAGCUGCGCGGCCCGUUCCCCUUCGAGACGUGCGGCCGCAUCCUGCGCAGCACGAACCGAAUCCUCGACGGCUUCUACGCCAUGAGCCUCGUGACGCAGCUCAAGGGCAAGUUAACGCCGGGCGAGCGGGCGCUGCUGCAGUACACGGCCCCGGAGCGGGCGCUGCUGUGCGACCGCAUGUGCCACGUCUUCCAGGUGCUCGCGAGCUCGACGCUGCUCGAGUACUCGCUGACGGACGCCGUGCCGUCGGUCAUGGGCACGCGGGACCGGCUGCUGAGCAAGAUAUUCGAGUUUCGAAACGCCCAGCUCCCGGAAGGCUUCGGGCUCGACCGACGACGCAGCAGCGCCGACACCGUGGCCCAAGAAGGGGCGCCGACCGAGGUGGUCGUCGAGGAGCGGGACUACGCCCUCCUCUACGCCUACGCGCUCGUGACGGGCCAGGUGGCCGAGGAGCUCAAGGUGGCCGAGCGGGAGAUCGAGGGUCUAUUCGGCGGCUGGGACGAGGAGUCCUUGCUGUUGCAGUAG